AUGAAUCUCAGCAUUGUUGCAGUUGUGCUCAUGAUCUCUGUAUCAUUCAAUCAAGUCCUUGGUACACCCAUGGAAGAUUUGGAAGGUGAAAAGGUAGCAGCAGCAGUUGGAGAUUGUUCUGUCACACAUGGUGGGGAUGAUGUAGGUCCUGGUCGUUCAGAGUGGGAAAAGCAGUAUUACUGUUCCGUUUGUGAUGUAGAUUGUGUCAACGACCCCUGUGGUGUGUGUGGGAAUCCAACCACAAAGAAAUAA